GGUUAAAGCACGGCUUUAGCGAGGAUACCCAGUAAAAGUGAGGGGCAGGAGUUACCUGAGGGCGCUGCGGGGAGACGUUGCCGGCGGCGGUACCGUUGCGGGGCUGGCCGGGACCCCGGGGGAAGAGGAGUUGCACCAUGCGCGGCAAAUGAGGGAAAGUCUCUGCGUGCGCCGCCCGCAGAAGUUGAGGCUUCCCCCACACACCCCCACCCCCCGCCGCCGCCUCGAGGAGCGGGAGCUGUGCCUUUAACGCCCGCUGAGUGAGGUACCUAAGGAUAAAACUGGCCUGAAAGGAAAAUCUGGGGGAAGCUGGGAAGCUUGACUGUACUUGCACCUGAGAAUUUUAUGGAAGUCUAAGGACUAAAUAUUUGGAGAAUAUGAGUGACUGAUGGGCUUGUCCUCAAGAUCACUGCAUACUUUGGAUAUGUUCUCAGAUGCAAAGCCAAGUGAUUACCAUCACACAAAAAGAAGAGCAGUUUAGCAGAGAUGCAGUGUGCCUGAAGUCAGAUUUUCAAAAAGGAAGAAAGGCGCAAAAGCAUUCCUGUGGCUAAUUUUCAGUUUUCCUUCGUGGAGUAUCGGGAAGAGGAGGUGACUGAGGGACACGCUUGCCCUGUUAGGCUGCCUUGCGUAUUUUCAGAAGUAGUGCUGCAUCCAAAGCCAAACCCCCUCGCAGCUGGCGGAUGUGGUGAGCUCCAUGGUAACUCAAACCCCCAGACUCUGGACAGCAGCCUGCAAGGAGCAGCAUUCAGCAGCUCGAGGGUCUUGCGACCAGAGCGUGGAUCAUACUUCUCGUAAACCUCAUCAUAUUGAGGUUGGGCUAAGAUGAGCAUAACCAGUGACGAAGUGAAUUUCUUGGUGUAUCGCUAUCUCCAGGAAUCGGGUUUCUCCCACUCGGCCUUCACAUUCGGUAUCGAGAGCCACAUCAGCCAGUCCAACAUCAAUGGAACACUAGUGCCACCUGCCGCACUCAUCUCCAUCCUCCAGAAGGGGCUCCAGUAUGUGGAGGCUGAGAUCAGCAUCAACGAAGAUGGUACAGUAUUUGACGGCAGGCCAAUAGAAUCACUGUCUCUGAUAGACGCGGUGAUGCCUGAUGUUGUACAGACCCGGCAGCAAGCAUUCAGAGAGAAACUAGCUCAGCAACAAGCCAGUGCAGCAGCAGCGGCAGCAGCAACGGCAGCAACAGCGGGAGCAACGACGACUGCUGUUUCCCAGCAGAACACACCAAAGAACGGAGAAGCCACUGUGAAUGGAGAGGAGAAUGGGGCACAUGCAAUAAAUAAUCAUUCAAAGCCAAUGGAAAUUGACGGGGAUGUUGAAAUUCCUCCUAACAAAGCAACAGUCCUUCGGGGCCAUGAAUCAGAGGUGUUCAUCUGUGCCUGGAACCCCGUCAGUGACCUGCUAGCAUCUGGAUCAGGAGACUCAACGGCCAGAAUAUGGAAUCUCAAUGAAAACAGCAACAGUGGUUCCACUCAACUAGUUCUGAGGCACUGUAUAAGAGAAGGAGGACAUGAUGUCCCCAGCAAUAAGGAUGUGACUUCAUUGGACUGGAAUAGUGAUGGAACAUUAUUGGCUACAGGAUCUUAUGAUGGUUUUGCAAGAAUAUGGACAGAAGAUGGUAACCUUGCAAGCACCUUAGGUCAACAUAAAGGUCCCAUAUUUGCCCUGAAAUGGAACAAAAAGGGGAAUUAUAUAUUAAGUGCUGGUGUCGAUAAAACAACAAUAAUUUGGGAUGCUCACACAGGGGAAGCUAAACAGCAGUUUCCAUUCCAUUCAGCUCCUGCUCUGGAUGUAGACUGGCAGAACAACACUACUUUUGCCUCCUGCAGCACUGACAUGUGCAUUCAUGUAUGCAGACUUGGCUGCGAUCGUCCCGUUAAAACCUUUCAAGGACACACAAACGAAGUUAAUGCAAUCAAAUGGGACCCAUCUGGCAUGCUACUAGCAUCUUGCUCCGAUGAUAUGACAUUAAAGAUUUGGAGUAUGAAGCAAGAUACCUGUGUACAUGAUCUUCAGGCUCACAGCAAAGAGAUUUAUACUAUCAAAUGGAGUCCUACAGGACCAGGCACCAGCAAUCCAAACUCCAACAUUAUGUUAGCAAGUGCUUCAUUUGAUUCCACUGUUCGGCUUUGGGACGUUGACCGAGGAGUCUGUAUUCAUACGUUAACAAAACAUCAAGAGCCUGUCUACAGUGUAGCUUUUAGUCCUGAUGGAAAAUAUCUAGCCAGUGGAUCCUUUGACAAAUGUGUCCAUAUAUGGAAUACUCAGAGUGGAACUCUAGUACAUAGCUACAGAGGCACCGGAGGCAUCUUUGAAGUCUGCUGGAAUGCUAGAGGAGACAAAGUGGGAGCAAGCGCAUCAGAUGGAUCGGUUUGUGUUCUAGAUCUGCGGAAGUAAAAGUGAAAUGUUUUAGAAGAAAUUUCAAAUGGACCAGCAGUGAAUGUGUGGGGAGAAGCACUCUUCAAAACUAUUCUUAACAGCUCUAGAACUCUACGAACUUGAACAAAGUUAGAGUGUACCGUGAAACCAACUCUCCCUGGCCACAGAUGUCUAGUAUUUUGUCCGUAACCUUCAUCAAGGAGUAAAAACACAGUAACUUCAGAGGGGGAGGGAAUGGUUUCCACCUGGAACAUUCAGCCUUGGAAGCAUGAAGCCACCAGCUAGGCAUUGCACUGUUUGGUUUGCGUCUGAGAACUUGCUCUGAUGGCUGGGAAAAAAAAGCUGUGCCAAAAAAAAUUAAUAAACAAAAAAAAGAAAAAUGCUGUGAUAAACCAAAAGGGAAAAAAAAUCCUCCUCCAUGCGGUGUUGUAUUUUUUCCUUUCAAUUUGGACACUACAGUUGCUCUCCCAAAGGACGUUCAAAGACCAGUUUGUACUGAUGAAAUGCUCAACUUUGUAAUCACAACACUUUCUAUUUUCUAGACUACUUUUUUUGUUCAGUGGUUUUUCUAUCAGCUGGAAUAUUAUAGCCUGGAGGAUCUCAGGCUUAGGAUGAAGCUUUUGUUUUCCUUUUAUUUCUCCCUUCCACUCCCAACUUCUCCUUCCUUUUUUUUCCCCUUCUCUUUCUUCUUACCCUUUUUUUCUUUUUUCCCUAUAUACCCAUAGUAGAUGCAGCCAGGUGGACAUGACAAUGAAAAUUUUUGACAGACUGCUUCUCCUCUCUUCUCUCUCUCUCUUUUUCUUCCUUUCUCUCCGUUUAAAAGAAAAAAAAAAUCCUCCAUGCUUCAGAUCUUAGCGUCUCAAGGGCACUUUCAGCAAAUUGUGUAAUAAGUGCUUUAUAUAAGAAUGCAGUGCUGGGGAAGAUUUUUACAGGAGAAAGAUGACUUUUAACAGAAAGAACCCAGUGUAUUUUUGGAAAAAAAUAUUUUUUAUGUUAAACACAGUUUUAAAAGCCUAAAGUGGCCACCAAAUGUAGACCAGUUGUGUAAUUCAAGUAAAAAGAAUGACACAAACAGAGUCCAAGGAACAUGAAAGGUGCAGUAUCCUUUUUCUCUUCUCUCUCAGAAAGUGCUGUAAGAAAAAAUGCCAUUUGAUGCAAAACAUGCCAUUCAUUUAUUGAGAGUCCUCUUCCAGCAGCCAGACAUUUAUAUAGACUAAUUUCAAAUUUGUGGCUGUUUGAUGAUGUACACUAAUUAAAAGAAAUCCGUAAGUUUUGAGACUAUACAUUUAUCCUCAGUAAUAAAGGAAAACAUUGUAUAUUCCCUUUCCUCUAUAAACAGUUCGAAGUUCAUGUAGACUGUGGCUUUGGCUGCCACUGGUCAUGCUGAGCAAUGCUGACCUCCACUCUUCAUCCCAUUCAGCUGUUUCUAACCCAGUAAGUCAGUGGGAUUUUAUCACUGACUUAAUGGGACCAGUUGGACCAAGAUAUAUUGACUGUGCUUAUCAUUGUUGAUGAAUGGACUCUUGCCAAGCUCCUGUCCAUCCAUGAUGAGCACACACCUAAAAUAGGAUCUUCCAUUGCAUCUGGCAGCAUGUCGUGCGGCUGGCACCCUCAGCUGCACAUUCUCGUGCUCUGAAGAAAGCUCUGGGUCUGCACUUGGAGGUUCACUGCCUGUCCAGACACAUUUAGUUUAGAGCACCUCUUUAGUGCGGUGCUUGGAAGACAACAUAGAUCUCUACAGUAGGUGAGGACAUGAUAAAUGAUAUAUAAAUUAUUUCUCAACGUAUAUACCACUAUAAAGUUAUAGUGGGUGAAAUGAUCAGAAUGACAAUAAAGACUUUCUAAGUACCACUUCUCCAGUUUGGACAUGAUUUCCUUACUGCAAGUUUAAGACAUUUGUAAUGAUGCCUUCUGAAGAUUUCUUUACUGUAAGAGCAAAUGAUGGAAGCAAAAAAGGCAUAUUAUAAGCAAGCUGUAGGCAGAGUUUAUUGACAGCGCUGUAAACCGUAGGGCAGACGCGAGGUGGUGGCCAUUAUUUAGACAAGUCCUCAGAGUUAUCUGAGUCAAACUGGUAUCUGCUCCAGCUCGCAGGCUAGGUUAGCAUUUGUAGUGUGCAGAACAGCAAGCCAACAGAAAACCCCUUAAAAUCACAUAGCACAAAGGCUGCGAUUUCUGUAACACAGAAUCUUCCCUUUGAUUUGACCCCAGCUGCUGAAGUGGUGAUUUGAUCUGAGCAGAAACCAAACCAGGCCCAUAAUGUUGAAACGGUGGUGCAAAACCUGCCAAGCAUCUUGGCAUCGUGGAGUUCAUACUACAUUUUUUUUUUUUCUCCUUUGAUUUCCUCUCUUUACACUUGUAUCUGUACAAUAUCUUAGCCUUUUCAGUGGAACUAGCCACUGCCAGCUUCAGCCUUUUUUCUUCAGGAUAACUGCUAAAAGGCUUACUUAGUCCUGAGGUGAAAACAUUUAUGUGGGAUUUGGAUUAUUAAUUACAGUUAGGCUAAUUUAUAAUUUAUAUCAAAGAAUUGGACACUGGAAGGUAUCAAGGAUUAUUUUUGGUGUUAAAUGUGUCUAUGUGUUGUUUUUAGUUUUCUGCUCCAAGAGCAUGACUGUAGAUGAUCACGUGACAGUUUUGCACUGUUUUAUAAUAACCACGUGUAGCUACUAAUUUAAAGUCACUACCUAAAAAAAGAGUACUUAUUAGAAGAGAGACUUGAAUUUGAAUACAAAGGUUUAAUGUGGUUUUAUAAAGCACAGUUGAGUUGAUGAUUUGAUUACAAUCAUUGCAUGUAGAUGGUUCACUUCCUAACUUGUACAGGAGUUUGGGAUUGUGUUUCUGAGAAAAACAAGCAAAAUCUCCCUUUCCGCAGAUAGUGGAAGACAGGCUGGAUGGGGCGCUGCUUUUCAGUCUGCCCCUUGCGUGACGCUUGAAUAGCAAACCUCAGGACUCAAAGAGAGCAGGUUGCUCCAUCUGAGUUCAGCUGUGCCAUGUGGCUGUCUGCUUAUAGAGCCCAGGUUUUGUAAUUUUUCCAAGAAUAGCUACUGUAGAUAAGUCCGCAGUGUUGAAGAUGUGUGUUUCUUUUUUUUCUUAUUAGCUUGUUAACUUCUCAGUGAGAACACCACCUUUCCUCUACCAGUCUACAUGGAGGUAAGAAGCCACAAGAAAUGCAAUUUCAAAAUGAGUUGGUUUACAGUGCCUACCGGUGAGAGAGGCUGCCAUGCCAGUGAAGAAUUCCCUAUACAGACCAUCAGAUUUGAAAGCAGCAUUUGCAAAAAGCUGAGAAAAUUCACCUUUCUUCCCCUCCUCCAGCCUCUAAAGUGGGAAAAUCCCCAAAGGUAUUGUAGUAGAUAGUCUUCGGGUAAAAUGAGAGCAGCUAAUGAGAUGAAGGAAAGCAAAAGCUGUGAUUGCAAAGGCUAGUUUUAGGCAGGUGGGCUUGUUUCUCCAGGCCAUGGGCGAUGGGGAGAGAGAGAAGCUCUGCCAGGGCUUAGUUGAAACUGGAGAUCGAAGCCUGGAUGUUCAGAAUUGCCCUCAUGAGAGCUUGCAUUUUUCUGCAUUUCUGCAGUGGUGUCCCUAGGCUAGCGUUACUUUUUAUGACUGCCUCUAGGGGACAGAAUAGCAUGAAGCGACAGGCUGGUGGACUUGAGCAAUUUUUUCACACGCUAUUUUGAUAAUUUUAUUUGUAGUUCUUACCAGUGGAAGAGAAAUUGAAAAAAAACCUGAGAGACCAAACUGAAUUGCAAAACCAUCAAGGGGCUUACUGGAAUUUUAUCUUUGCUGGCUGUCUGGAACUGGCCUUGAAGUGAAAAAAACAGUUUCUGAAAAAACACUCAGCUCCAUGGGUUAGAAGGAUACUGAAUCUUUUAUGUAGAAAACACUGGGUCCCUUAUGGGGCACUAAAGGGCCUGACUUACAGGGUUACACACACAUUAACCCCAUGCUACAUCUUAGAAAUUUCCUUUUAAUUUGUUUAAAAAGAGAAAAAAUAGCUAAUUUUAGAGCCAAGUGAAGUGCACUUUGUCAAAUGUAAGGGUCUGCUUUGUUUUUGGGUUUCUUUUUUUCUUUUUUUCUUUUUAAUUUUUCCUCCUUUUUUCCUCCUUUUACCUUUUAAAAAGAAAAAUGUGGUUCUUUGUCAAUAGCAGAAAUGUUCUUUCAGCCACUCACUGAAAUUCUGAAUUCUGGCUUCUGCAGUUUUUAUUGUCUGUGUCAGACUUGCAGCCAGACUUGGUUCUCAUUUCAGCAUUUCCCAGGUUCUGUUGAAACAACAUCAACCCCUUAUUUUGUUUCUCCCCCACCCACACUUUCUUCAAAUUCACCUUGUGUAUUGUAGCUCAUUUGUUUUAAGGAGAGAAUCAACAGAUCAUAUUCAGUGUCUUGAAUAAAUUGCUAUAUUUUGAUAUUAGAGAA